UGUGGAGCCAACUCCGGCCGCAGAGUCUGUCGCUUAGAGCGAAGUUGGUCGGCCUCGUUGUAAACAUGAGCCCCGCGUGUUAUGUCCUGAGGCUCGGGCUGUUGUUGUCGUGUGCAGCGGCUGCCAGAGGUUUCUCUCAGGCCGGAGGAGGAGCAGGAGGAGCAGGGCUGCACCGGGAGUUCGUCCGCAGGGAUGUGGAGCCACAGAGUUUCCAGAGGUCCGAGCUUUCCAAACGCAGCGCGGGGCUGAAUGAACAGACCUGCACAGCGCUGCCUGGAGACCCAACCCUGAGCAACAACACCCACACUUUCACCUUCAAAGUGAGAGCCAUGGGCUCACUGUCGCUGGCCUGGGUGGGAGAUGGAUCAGGGGUGCUGCUGGUCCUGACAACCUUUCAGGUGCCGUUGUUCAUGAUGCGCUUCGGUCAGUCCAACCUCUACAGGAGUGAAGACUAUGGGAAAACCUUUGAAGAUGUGACUCACCUGAUCAACCACACCUUCAUCCAGACUGAGUUUGGCAUCGCCAUCAGUCCCGACCACUCUGGGAAGGUGAUCCUGACUGGAGUCGUGUCAGAGAUCGGCGGUUUUCGACUGUUCCGCUCGCAGGACUUUGGCCUCACCUUUGUCUCGACAGAUCUGCCAUUUGAGCCCCUCAUCCAGAUGCUGUACAACCCCGGAGACUGCAACGCACUUCUGACUCUCAGUAUCACGCUGGACAUGUGGCUGUCUGAGGACUUUGGCGCCACCUGGAGGAAAAUCCAUGACAGUGCUUGCUUGGUCAGAUGGGGUCCAAAGAACAGCGUCUUUUUUACAACUAACUACAACGGAUCAUGCAAUGAGAAAGGAAUGCUGGAGUUAAGGAAGACAUCAGACUACGGCCGAAGUUUCCAGACAAUCGCAACAAGAGUUUACUCUUUUGUUCUGGGUGGAAAAUUUGUUUUUGCUUCCAUCAUGACAGGCAAAGGUACAGAGCGUAUGAUCCACGUGUCAGUGGACGGAGGGGAGGUGUGGAACAUGGCUCAGCUUCCCACAGUCAACCACGAGCAGUUCUACUCCAUCCUCUCAGCCAAUCAGGACAUGAUCUUCAUGCACGUGGACGACCCUGGAGACUCCGGUGUUGGAACCAUCUACGUGUCAGACGACAGAGGAACCGUGUUCUCGAAGUCUCUGGAGCGUCACCUCUACACAACCACAGGGAGUGACACUGACUUCACCGUGGUUACUUCACUCAGGGGCGUCUACAUGACCAGUGCACUCACAGAGGAUGGUGCAGUGGAGACAGUGAUCACCUUCGACCAAGGAGCAAGGUGGCAGGCGCUGCACAGACCUCAGAACAGCCACUGUGACUCAGAGACCAGCACUAACAGGCCAAACAGGUGCAGACUUCACAUCCAUGCAUCCUACAGCACCACCAUGAAGAUGAACGUCCCCAUGCUGCCUCUCUCCCAGCCCAACGCUGUGGGCCUCAUCCUGGCCCACGGCAGUGUUGGAGAUGCAGAGUCAGCUCUUUCACCCAACGUGUACGUGUCUGAUGACGGGGGCUACUCGUGGCUGUUGGCCCUUGAGGGCCCUCAUCACUACGCUAUCCUGGACUCUGGAGGCCUGCUGGUGGCUGUGGAACACACCAACUCACCUGUCAACCAGAUCAAGUUUUCGACAGAUGAAGGGCAGUGCUGGCACACAUACAACUUCACCAGCGACCCUCUUCACUUCAGCGGUAUGGACAGUGAGCCCGGCUCUCGCACCAUCAACGUCAGCCUGUGGGGCUACAGGAAUGACUUCAGUAAAUGGCUGGUGAUCACCAUAGACUUCAGGAAGCUCUUCACCAGAGACUGUACUGAAGGGGACUAUGUACAGUGGCUGGCUCACUCUGCAGACCCCAGUGGAGCUAAUGAUGGCUGCGUGCUGGGUUAUAAAGAAACCCUCCUACGCCUGAGGAAAGACUCUGUGUGUUGGAACGGGAGGGACUAUGCUAUCGCUAAGAAGCUGUCCACCUGUCCAUGCACAGCGGAUGAUUAUCACUGUGACUUUGGGUAUUACCGACCGGAGAACCGCUCGGAGUGUGUGGAGCAGGAGGAGAUGACAGGCCGUCCCCUGGAGUUCUGUUUAAACAGGACCACCGAGCAGCUACAGACCAGUGGCUACCGGAAGAUUCCCGGAGACCAGUGUGAGGGCGGUUUCCAGCCGGACAGGAAGGAGACGGACCUGAGGAGGCUGUGCACCAGCAACGUCCUAUAUUCAGAUUCUCUGACUGAGACCAGUUCACCAAACGCUGCGGUCAUCGUGAUGGUUGUCUUAUUGAUCCUUCUGACCAGUGGUGUUGCUGGUGUUUGGCUGGUUAAGAAAUAUGUGUGUGGAGGACGGUUUCUUGUGCACCGAUACUCUGUGAUGAGGGACAAUGUGGAAGCGAAUAAGAUUGAGGGAGUAGACGAUGUCGACACUCACUACAUGGAGACAGGAAAAGCACAGUACAAUGAAGAUUCAGAUCAGGUUUCUGGUAUUAUCUAAAAUGCCCCAUUGUAAAUAAUGAGACCUUGUAAUUAUCUAUUUACUGUAUUGUUUGUGUCUCCUCACAGGACCUCUUAGAAUAAGGCUCCAAAAGACUACACGUCACGCAGUCUUUCACGAUGCCUGGGCAUUCCCGAUGCUCCCACAUGCUGAUUAACAUCUGCUUCUCACUUCUCGCUAUCCCCUGGUGGCUGGAGGACUCAGCAUCAGCAGCGGGGGGGGCACUUUUGCAAUCGCUUCCUUGUACAAGUUGAGGCUCCCACAAAACAACCUCCAACCGGUAGUUUGGGGAGGGGGUAAAACCCAGCACAGACCGGAAGAAAGCCUCUGGGUUCCCCGGGGAGCCUUUGUUGUCUCUGUCACAAAGAGUUGUGUAAAGACCGUUGAGUCUGAAUAUGUGCUCUAUAUGUUUCCUUUCACGCUGACCUGAGAAGAGGCGGCCUUUCAUAUUGUGAUGCACUGCAGGAAGCACAAUGCAGAGGCUCCGACUUAGAUAAACAGUUGCAGAACGUGUUAUGAAGAGUUGGGGAA